GUUGAAUUAAAGAGGAAGUACAAUGACCAGCACAAAAGUACAAGAGGCCUUUUAUCAGGGAGUCAUUGGUAUGAAAUUCAAGCUUAUAGAGCUCUCAACCAAGCCCUGGGAAGGUGUAUCAGGCACAGGAACGACUGGGGGGCUCUGAUUUUGGUUGACGACCGGUUCCGGAAUAACCCCAAUAAAUACAUCACUGGAUUGUCCAAAUGGAUCCGGCAGCAGAUCCAGCACCACGGGAGCUUCGGCAGUGCCCUGGAAUCCCUGCAGGCCUUUGCUGCCAGGAACCAGAACAACAGGGAGAUUCUCCACAUCCCUCCGGAUUCCAAGGACCUGUCCCAAGGCUCUCAACCAGAGGCAGCUGCUCACCUGCCACCAGAUGUUCCUGCCAAAAUUUGGGAGCAAAAUUUAGGGUCUGAAGGGAAUUUUCCCGUGACCGUCGGCUCGAAGCGGCCAAGAAGCGUCAUGGCAGCAGGGAAACAAAGUGGCCAGAAAGUUGGGGUAGAGAGUCAUUCUCACCACGUGAGACAAAGAAGAAAACGUGUUGAUUCCGCACCCAAAGUGCCAACAACUAAAACAGAGACAUUAAACACGAAUGGUUGGACUAAUGGUGAUAUUGUGAAGGAGAAUUGCUGCUUUAAACCACUGACUUCAACACCUCUGCCUGUGGCCAAGAGCUGCAGGGCCACAGCUGAUGGCAGACAAGAGGAUGUGAAUGGGCCCAGUGAACUCAGUGAUAGUUUAAAUCAAUGCCAAUCAUCGUUAACUGCAGAACAUAAACCAAGUGGACCAGAAUCAUGUUUGGAAACAACUCAUUUUUCAAUUAAAAAUGCUGAGGCUCCAGUUGCUGAAGAGCUCCAGCUUCCAGCUGAGCCCUGCAGAGAGUGUCCCACAGCAGGAGGGAGGGCUGAACCUUCCACCCUGAACGCGUGUGCAGAGGAUGAGGAUGAGGAUGAGAGUAUUUACUUCAGCCCAGAGCUCUAUGAUGAUGAUGCAGAACCAGAGGAACAGGAAAUCCAAGCCCCUCUCCCAACCCCUCGGGCAGACGGGAAUCAGGUGGAAGGUGGAAACCCCCCAGUGGCUGAGGAACCUUUUGACACCUCAGAAACGCUGAAUGUGACUGAGAAGGUCGAGGCUGGUGGCAGGAGCCCGAGUUGCAGAGUGCUGCAGAGUGAGAGGAGUGAGGAUAGUGCAGGUCAGGAUGUGGAGGUGGCCGGGGCAGCAGGAGCAGAACAGGGAGCAGCUCCAGGGAUGGACGGCAGCAAACGGAGAGUCAGCCUGUCCAGAACACGAAAUAAAGGAUUGAAAAUUCAGAGGAAAUGCAGGAGAAGAAAAGCUCCAGUUAGGAAAAGUGGCUCCAACUGGGACAGAAAGAAGGGAACACACAACCAGCCCUGCAAGAAAGGACUUUAUUGCAUUGUCUGUGGAGCUGAAAUCCUGCCAAAAGCAGAGGGGAUUUUGAGAAAAGCUUGCUACAGUAACAGUGAAGUGCAAACAAUCUGGAAACUCUUCAGCAAUAGCAAUGUAAGAAGUAAAGGAUCCAUUAGGAGUUGUGUGUGUCAGGUAGAUGCCACUGCAGAAGAUGAGAAUGGGAUGUUGGUCAUCUCAGAUGCUGCAAGUCUGAGUUGGCUGAAGGAAACUUUGAAGGUUUAUCAGAUGCCAGUGAAAAGUGAAGACUUGCAUGGCAGUUUAUCUUUAAAUGCUCUUUGGGAUGAGAAGGAAUGUUCUCUGACAAGUUACUUACAAUGCAGGAGCUGUGUCACUCGGGCCAGUUCUCCAUGUCCUUUGAUAGGAGCUGAGGUUACUCAUUUCAGUAAUAAAGUGCAGUCAUGGGUCUGGCUGCUUCCAUCAUCUGUUCAUUCUUGCUGGCUGCUGCAGAACCCUCAAGGACUGAAAAGAGGCAAUUCAGAUUAUACUUUAUCUUAAAAGGCCACGUAUUCAUCAGGACUAAUAAGACAGAUAAGUAUUUUGUUAUUGAAUGCCAACUCCCACAAAGCUGUUGUUCAGCACAAUAUUUGGGUGUGAGUGAUGGGAAGGAGUUACCUGGGUACAAAAUCUGGCCCACAUUGAACUCAGUGGGGGUUCUGCCAUUUGACUUCAACAAAGCAAAGGCUUCACCAUAUGUUUAAAAGAAAUAUUUCGCUGGGAUUACUGUCUGAAUGCUGGUAAAUGUGUCAUAUUUAAAUCUACCUUUUGACAUUUGAAUGUUUGUUUACCUUGCAGGCACUUCAAAGUGAUUAGAUAUAAAAACUUUGCAUCAAUUCCAUUUUAUUCCGAGUUUGAAUUGCUUUAUUUUUUUUUUAUUUCUUGUGCAUUUAGAGACCUGGGCUGGAAACACGGUAGGGGAGCGUUGGCAUAUUUUGUAUUGCUGUGAUUUAAACUGAAUUAAAGAAAAACAGAAAUUAAAACAUUUGCAGUUGUUUGUGUAAUUAAAAAGUCAUAUAAAAUUGGGCCCAAGCUACUAAGCAUAUCCUUUAAUGAAGCUUUUUUGGAAGCAGGCCAUAAAUGGAGAGACAGGGAUGUCACAUCUCCCGUCUCAGUGUCAAUUCAGAGCAGGUUAAAAACCCUCACACUGUUUGUCUUGGGAAAUAUCGACAACUUUUACAGGGAAUUUGGAAAAUAUUUCUUUGGGCAGCAUGAAAGGCAAAAUCCUGCAGCAUGAAAGGCAAAAUCCUGCAGCAUGAAAGGCAAAAUCCUGCAGCCCAGAGCACAGACAUGGGCACAGAGAGGGAACAG